AUGAAUAGCAUCGAGGAAGGAUGGUCAUCAAUUCAAAAAAUGAAUGUUAAAAUAUCAAAUGAUAUAACAAACAAUUUUAUAGAAUGGCAAAAUGGGGACAAGAGAAAAAAAUCAGUAGCUAUUAAAAAACUAUUUUCAAUUAUAGCGCUCAAUAUAUUACUUUCUUUUAGUGUUGAAUUUACACUAAAGAUUUUUUUUGCAAUACUAAUUGCGCCAAGCUACAGAUUUAAAGGGUUGUAUUUAAGUGUGAUAAAUUUAAUAUUUUCAUUAUUAGCACUUGGUUUGUUUUUCGAGCCAAACAAAAACUUAUUAAAAAUUCGGUGCGUGGAUAGAAGUGAGUUGUACGGUAUAAAUUGGCUAGGGAAAACUGCACUUUUAGUCAUAUUUUAUGCAUCAUUUUCCAUGAUUUCUAUAAUUAAGCUAUUUUUAAUAUCUUUUAGUAAUCGAUUUUUGAUUAAAAAAUAUUUAGUUGGGUCUAUACUAUAUACUAUAACAGGAAAUGUAACCCUUCUGUUCUUGUUAAUAGAGGCAUUUAGUAUGUUUAAGUCUAUAGUCAAAUUUAAAUAUCCAUCUGAAACCAUUGAAAAAAUUUCAUUUAUAAUCAAUUGGGUGUAUUUCAUUAUUAUUCUGAUGUUACUAUUUAGCGUAUCUAUUCCUUUAGGAGCUUUUUUUUAUGCACAAUGUAUAAACUGGAUAAAACAGAGCAAUCUUCUAGUAUUCACAAAAGGUGCAAUACUAUCUGUAUAACACAAAUAUUAACACUAUUAAAUAGACAAGCAAUAAAUUU